AUGGCUACACUCACUUUUCGUAAUGUCUGCUCAGUACCCAGCUCCUUCCAGCUCACUGGCAUCCCAGGGCUGGAGUCCCUGCACAUCUGGCUCUCCAUCCCCUUUGGCUCUAUGUACCUUGUGGCUGUGGUGGGGAAUGUCACCAUCCUGGCUGUGAUAAGGGUGGAACGUAGCCUUCACCAGCCCAUGUACUUCUUCCUGAGCAUGUUGGCUGUUAUUGACCUGGUUCUGUCUACUUCUACCAUGCCCAAACUGCUGGGGAUCUUCUGGUUUGGUGCUGGUGACAUUGGCCUGGAUGCCUGCUUAUCCCAAAUGUUUCUCAUCCACUGCUUUGCCACAGUUGAGUCAGGCAUCUUCCUUGCCAUGGCUUUUGACCGCUAUGUAGCCAUUUGCAACCCGCUGCAUCAUACCACAGUGCUCAGUCCUACCAUGGUGGGACGUUUGGGGCUGGCUGCCCUCCUCCGGGGUAUACUCUAUAUUGGACCUCUGCCUCUGAUGAUCCGCUUGCGGCUUCCCCUUUAUAAAGCCCGUGUCAUUUUGCACUCCUACUGUGAGCACAUGGCUGUUGUCACCUUGGCAUGUGGUGACAGCAGAGUGAAUAAUGUCUAUGGGCUGAGCAUUGGCUUUCUGGUGCUGAUCCUGGACUCAAUGGCCAUUGCUGCUUCCUAUGUGAUGAUUUUUAGGGCUGUAAUGGGGCUGGCCACCCCUGAGGCCAGACUUAAAACCCUGGGGACCUGUGGUUCUCACAUCUGUGCAAUUCUGAUCUUUUAUGUUCCCAUUGCCGUUUCCUCCCUCAUUCACCGAUUUGGGCACCAGGUGCCUCCUCCAAUCCAUACUCUGUUGGCCAACUUCUACCUCCUCAUUCCUCCAAUCCUCAAUCCCAUCGUCUAUGCUGUCCGCACCAAGCAGAUCCAAGAGCGUCUCCUCCAAGUCCUGAAGAUAGAAACUAAGAUUAGAUGA